AUGGCCAGCUCUCACACGGAUCCGGAGUCGGAGCCCGAAUCUGUGUUCCCACGGGAGGUCGGGCUCUUCACCGACUCUUACUCGGAGAGCAGCCGGUUCUGCUUCUGUGGACACGAGCUGAGCAUCACGCAAAACUUUGGGUCCCGCCUUGGGGUGGCCGCACGCGUGUGGGAUGCGGCUCUGAGCCUGUGUAACUAUUUCGAGAGUCAAAACGUGGAUUUUCGAGACAAGAAGGUGAUCGAACUGGGCGCGGGGACAGGCAUCGUGGGAAUCUUGGCGGCGCUGCAGGGGGGGGAUGUUACCAUCACUGAUUUGCCACUGGCCCUAGAGCAAAUCCAGGAUAACGUCCACGCUAAUGUGCCACCCGGAGGCCGGGCUCAGGUGUGCGCCUUGUCCUGGGGAAUUGACCAGCAUGUCUUUCCUGGAAACUAUGACUUGGUGCUGGGGGCAGAUAUCGUGUACCUGGAACCUACCUUCCCAAUGCUGCUGGGGACCCUCCGACACCUGUGUGGGCCCCACGGCACCAUCUACCUGGCCUCCAAGAUGAGAGCAGAACACGGGGCAGAGACCUUCUUCCAGCACCUCCUGCCCCAGCACUUCCACAUGGAGCUGGCCCAGAGGGAUGAGGAUGUGAAUGUCAACAUCUAUAGGGCCAGGCACAGGGAGCCUGCUGGACAGCACCCGUUCCGUUGACCUAACUCUUGUCUGAGGAAUGGCAUCCCUCCAGAGCCAGGAACACCAGGACAAAAGAAAAGGAUGGAUUGCCCUUUUCCUUCCCUCCUCCCUUUGGUUCCCCUAACUAUUCUUGGGAAGAUGCAGCAGGGUGGGGCUUGUUAAGAAUGGUGGAGCCCCAG